AUGUUGGGACAGUUGUCCAAACUUGAGGUUCUUCACAUUUAUAACCUAAGAGGUGUAAAAAGUAUUGGAGAUGAGUUUUACGGGAAUUAUCGUGACAAUAAAACUCUAUUUCCUAAAUUGAAAACAUUUGAAAUUUUAAGCAUGGAAAAUUUAGAGCAAUGGAAAGAUGUUGCUAUUGUGAUGAAUUGUACAAUUUUUCCUCAUCUCGAAAGCUUAACUAUUUGCUUUUGUGACAAACUGACGAAUAUUCCAAACAUUUUUGCAACUCAUAGUCAGAGGAUGGAAGCUGACACGGUGAAUGCAAGGUUAUUUUCAAGUUUUCAAAGUCCUCCAAAGCUUCGAUCUCUAAGCAUUUAUGAUUGUACAAGUUUGGUAAAGCUACCAACCUGGUUAGAAUGCUGUAGCUCACUUGAAGAUUUGUCGAUAGGCAACUUUCGUGAUGAUAUUUCCCCUCCAAAUUUGCAAAAUAUGCAAAACUUGUCUUCAUUAGACAUCAAAAACUUUCAUAGUUUUCCAGAGGGGUUCGACGGUAUUCAUAACUUGAAAACAUUGAAAGUUAAAGGACCAAUGGAGGGUUAUGAUUGGAGUCGAUUCAUUCCCUUCAAUUCACUUGAAAUUCUUGAGUUGCAUGAAACAGGAACUGAUAGUUUAACACAACUUCCUCGACAGCUUGAGCUCCUCACUUCGUUAAGAUCCUUGCAUAUUGAGAGUUUUAAGGGCAUUGAAUCUUUGCCAGAAUGGUUGGGGAACAUUACAUCUUUGGAGCAUUGA